GACAGUUGAGAGUUUCAUAAUUCAUUUAUUAACUCCUUCUACCCUCAACUUCACAUUUACAACUCUCUCUCCCUCUCUCUCCGUGUUCUCUAGAUUAAUCUCCUUUUGAGCUAUCGUCAAGUGGGUUCAUGGGUGUGGUCACAACCAUGGGUCUUGGUCUGGUGACAACCAUUGUGAUUCUGGGUGCAGUCAUUGGUGGAGCCAAAGGAGAUGCCAUGGUCAGUGGAUCCGUCUUCUGUGACCGAUGCAAAGAUGGCCAACUUUCCCUCUUUGAUUUCCCUUUAUCUGGAAUAAAAGUAUCAAUUGCUUGUCCGGGGCAGAACGGGCAAGUCAAGGUGAUUAGUGAAGAAACCACAAAUUGGAUAGGGAACUACGUAAUGCGGUUCGAUGGUGUACCCGAUAUGAGUGCCUGUCGGGCACAAGUUUCCGGUGAUGGGCAGGGUUGUCGUGUAGUUGCCGGUCCAGCUCAAAGCUUGAAUCUGGUGUUUCAAAUGUUCGAUACCGAGAUAUACACGGUUGACCAUUUGAUUUCACAACCUGCCCAACCAAUGUCCAACUGUCCCCGGUCAUCUUCACCUUUGCCUAAACCAGUGACGCCUGCAUUGCCACCCCCAACCAACCGGGCACCUAUUCCUCAGCCGCCCCCAACCAACCGGGCACCUAUUCCUCAGCCGCCCCCAACCAACCGGGCACCGAUUCCUCAGCCGCCCCCGGUUCCCUUCUUGGAAGCUUCGGCCUGCUCAUACCGAAUGUGGAUGAUGCCUGAGUACAAGUGUUACUGGCGGGUGCUAAGCCCCGACCUAAAAGUUGCUUUGGUGUUUGGACCACUAGCGGGGCAGAAAUAUGGGAAUGAUAUCACCCUUCGAGGAAGCAUGAUGGGUAGAGGAGAUCCCUACAAAACGCUAUUAAGGGAAAGUACAGCUGCACUUCUCAACUCCUACAAUAGUCUCCGGUUCCCAUACCAUCCUCUAGAUGUUGUCGGACGCUUAAACACCGCCUUAAUGGGAGGAUCCACACGACAAGUUCUCAUGACCGCCCUUCGGUUCUUGAGGGCGAACUCGGGGAGUCCCGGAAACGUUACUUGCAAGUUCACAACAUGCAAGUAAAACCCAGUCUAUCUAAAUAUUUAUUAAUAUUUAUGUUGUUACCCUUAAGAAAGAUAUAUAUAUUUUGACUUUUAGAAGUCAAAAGAGACUAUUGUAUGAAUACUUAUACCAAAAUUAUCAUCUAUAUGAACCAUCAUGGAAUAAUUUAUUA